AUGGCGGUGCGCGCGCCCAUGUGUGAGGCUACCCUACCUGCUCCUGCUGCUGCUGCUGUACCUAUCUAUCAGUCACGGCCCUCGCUCACAGAAACGCUCGCUGCCCCCCACACGGUAUUAUCAAUUCAAACAUCAAUCGUUUAUUUUCAUCCUCAGCCUCAGCCAGCCUCCCAGUCUGCUCUCGCCGUGACCCAUGGCCAGCUGGAGCCCGUCCCCUGCCGCUCCCUCUGCUGCCAACUGCCCAGCCUUGCCUUGCCAUCCAGCGUCGCCUGCCCUGGCUGGCACUGGUCCCCGGGAGGGACAUGGCGAGCGACGAUGACCGGUGUCCAAGUCUUGCCCCUCGCCCCAGAACAGCAAUCCAUUCCAUUCCCUCAUCCGCCAUUGGACUUGGGCGGUAACGUACCGGGUGCGUAGUGUGGUGUAAUAAUCGCCAGCCAGUGGUCGUCAGCCAGUCACUUGGGGGCAGGCCCGGGAUUGGCCUGGCUCCUGCACUCGGGAGUGAGCACAUCCGUCC